GCGGCACCCCAGCUCGGCCUGCGACACCCUUGGAAACGACAACGCCACACCAGCAUCAAUCAGUCCAUCUCACGACCCUAUGGGAUCAGUGCCUGGGAUAAGUCCGGUCGCUCAAUAUGGCACCUGUGGUUUGUAAAGGAGGAGAGGAGCCCAGCCGAUGGUCGGUCCCGGAAGCGACAUCAGCGCCCGCGUCGACCAGGACCAUCGAUGCCAACCAAUAACCACUCCUUCCAUUCAACAGACCAGGUCAUCCCAGUGAAGUGUGGUAGAUAGUGGUCCAGCUGUUUACGCUGCACAAGCCGCUGAUUCUUCUGACUACCCCGCAUUCUGGUUGACGAGACGAGGACAUAUAAACCUUGUGUCACCCUUCACCAGGUCCGACAUCGACACUCCACGGGGAAUAAGUCUCUGCCUCUGCCUGUCCUCUUACACCUCGGCUGAGCCUUCCUUUGUCCCAUCCCAAACUCCAACACACUCACAACCACUUCCAAGCAUGUCAGCCCCUCAGAUCAUCCAGGGACUCUCGUCCGCCGGAUCAACCCUCGGUGCCUACUCUCGACAGCAGCUGGCGACGCUACGCAACCGCUUUCUCAACACAGAAAAACGACGAACAAGAGCCCAGCUCGUUCAGACCUCAUUUGCCGUUCACCAACCGGUCUGGAUUGCCGCGGGCGGCGCAGCAUACACAACAAUGGGCGCCGUCUAUCUUACUCUACGCUACAUGCGGCACUUAAAGUAGACGUUCUGCUACUCUCGCGCAG